UACCUUAUAAUACUCUCUAGACCGGAAGAAAUGUCUAGAGCCGAGUUUCGAAAGCUAAGCAGAGAAGCUUUAAAUUAUAGUAUAAGAAAUCAAUUACUCUGGAGAGUUAUAUCCAAAGCAUACCCACCUCGACUUAUUAUUAAUAAUCAAGAGUAA